GCAUUCUAGGACAACCAAGCAAGCGUGCCAGCCUAACAGUGUACUUAAGGAAUCUUCUGAUUCAAAGAUCUAGGGAGAAUAGUCUGCCUGCAAAUCACGAGAUUAUCAAUUCAGUUCGUUUUCUUUGAGAAUCACAGUAUAGUAUUUAACAUCUUAUGGGAGAUGAUUGCAAGUUCUGAUGAAAUGUUGAAAAUCAGUGCUGCCAAUAUUCUGAAAGUCAUAGUACCAUAUAUUGACGAAAAGGUUGCCUCAGCUAAUGUUUUGCCUGCCCUUGUGACUCUUGGUUCUGACCAAAAUCUGAAUGUAAAAUAUGCCAGCAUUGAUGCAUUUGGUGCUGUAGCACAACAUUUUAAGAGUGAUGUGAUUGUCGACAAGAUACGUAUUCAGAUGGAUGCUUUUCUUGAAGAUGGAUCACAUGAGGCUACCAUUGCUGUGGUUCGUGCUCUUUUGGUAGCUGUGCCUCACACAACUGCUAGGCUCCGGGAUUAUCUAGUCUCCAAGAUUUUUCAGUUCACAUCAUCACCAUCCCUUUCAAGUGAUGUAACGAAGCGCAGAGACAGAGCCAAUGCCUGCUGUGAAGCAAUUCGUGCUCUUGAUGCAACAGAUCUUUCAGCAUCGACUGUCAGGGAUUUCCUACUCCCUGCAAUUCAGAAUCUACUGAAAGAUAUGGAUGCGCUCGAUCCAGCUCAUAAGGAAGCUCUCGAGAUCAUAUUCAAGGAAAGAUCAGGUGGAACAUUUGAUGCUUUUAGCAAGGUGAUGGGAGCUCAUUUGGGCCUUUCUUCAGUGAGCAGUUUCUUCAGCGACAGUGGGCUACUGGGGAAAAAGGAAACCGGAGAUUUGGGGACUCCGGUGCCGGUCACAAUUGAGAAAUGA